GUCCACAGACCAGUGACCAUAGUACUCGGUUUCAUGCUAAAUAAUAUAUCGGCUGAUAUUAUCUUUUACGCUCUUCGGCUUUGGUAAAUAUUAUAAAAUUAAAGGUUUAUAUCAAUUUUUACUUUUUAGAAAAUAUUCCGUUUCAUCGAUUUAUAGUUUUUGUGUAUUCCGUUUAAAUUGUCAAUUCUAUACAUUAUAAUGGCAAGCGAUGAGACACCUUUUGCGAAAGCAAUCGCAGAGUACAAACCUCCUCCAGUAACGAAAGACACUGCAAUCAAUUACUACGCCCCGGCAUUUGGCACUUUAAACUAUGCAUUUUUAUCUAUCAAUGUGAUGAACCCCGGAAUUUUGCAAAGAGUUCUACCUAAACCAGACCUCACAAAUAUGUUUUUAUUCAACUCUUGCAUUGGGUCGUUUCUAUUUAUCUCCGGACGCCCACAUCUCAGUGAAGCGCCUCUCAAACUACGCGUAGCGUACAGCGUAUAUGGGUCAAUUUUGUUCAACAUGGGAUCAGUGUUGUCGUGGGCUAUUUUACGUAGUUUAUUGCCGAAUAACUCUGGUUUAGCCACUGUUACUGGUCUAGUUUCAGGUUUGGCGUUGACUAGCUGUGGUGUUGCAUACUUGAAUUACAAUGAUAAAGCCAUCAAAGCGAAUAAAAAGUAGAAAUUUGUUUUAUUGGUGAUUACUUAGUUUAAAUAAACUCCUAAGUUCUUUGUAGAAAUUUAAUUCCAAUUUCAUAUAGAGGGCUGAUUUUUUUUUAUCAAUAUUUUGUUAUUAUUUCUGUUUUAUUUUUUCUUGUUUUUAUAGCUGGCAAUACCAGAAUAAAUUAUGAUAAGAAUUAAUCCCAUUUUAUAAUAUUCAUAUUAUUCAAAAUUAAUAAAUGUAUUAUUUAUGUAUGAAUUCUGAUUUUUUUUUUAUCUACAUAAUAUGUAUGCAUAUUUACGUAAUAAUCUAUAAUUAAAAUUAUGAAUUACUUAAAUUUUGUCUUAAAGUAAUUGUUUGACACAACAAUAGUUUAAACAUACUUAUACAUAAUAUAACUUAAAGUAGGUAUAUUAUUGUUUAUUAUCUUAAGUAUUUCAUGAUUAUUAUUAUGUUUUUUACUCUCCCUCUGCACAAUAAUACGUUUUAAUCAUGUCGUAUUUUCUAAUUUCUGACUUCAAUACUUAACAUAAUUUUAUAUCAUAUUCUUGGUUAUUUUCUUUAUAAAAAGUUAAGUGCAUCAAGUAAAUGUGUAUCAUGCAUAAUGAACAAUUAUUUGAUUAUUGAGUUUCAAUAUCAUAGUAUCAAUUUAGACAAUUUAGUUUAAUAUAAUUUGUUUAAUGCUUAUGAAUUCUAAUACGAAUAAUAAAAUAUACAAUGUACCCUUUAAUAAACUGUUUUUACUAUUAUUUGAUAAAGUAAUUGUAGUAAGUUAUUUUAUAACAGAAUCUUAAUUUGUCACCAUAAUUUAAGAUAAAUGAUUACCUACUUCCAAUAAUAAGUAGUGUUCGUGUUCUUAACAACAAUGAAAUAAAAAUUUAGUAUUAAGUUAUACCUACAAAUAAUGGACAAGAUAUUAUGAACUACUCAUAGCCCCCUGAAGAUAAAUUAAUCUUUAGACUCAUAUAAUAUAAAUGAAAAAUUAAUAAAUGGUAAUUAGCAUUUAGCAUAAUAUUGCAGAUAAAACAUGGCAUGCACAUAUUCAACA